ACCACAACUGAGUCAACAACAACUUUAACUGUUUCAACAUCGACCACGAAUGAGUCAACAGUAACCACAACUGAUUCAACAACAAGUACAACUGAUUUAACAACAACCACAACUAAAUCAACAACCACAACUGAUUCUAAAUCAACCAUAACUUCACCUGUAACAGAAACAACUGAAUCUACAAUUACCAUAACUACACCUAUAACAUCCACAACUGAUUUAACAUCGACUACAACUGACUCUACAACAACCCCAACUGUUUCAACAUCGACCACAACUUACUCUAGGACAUCCACAACUAAUUCAACAACAACCACAACUGAUUUUACAUCAACUUUAACUUCUCCUAUAACAGACACAUCUGAAUCUACAACUACCAUAACUACACCUAAAACAACGACAACUGAUUUAAUAUCGACUACAACUGACUCUACAACAACCACAACUGAAUCAAAAACAACCAAAAGUGAUUCUACAUCAACCAUAACUUCACCUAUAACAGAAACAACUGAAUCUACAACUACCCUAACUUCACCUACAACAAUCUUAACUGAUUUAAUAUCGACCGCAACUGAUUCAAGAUUAACCAAAACCGAUGCAACAACAACCACAUCUGAUUCUACAUCAACCUUAUCUUCACCUAUAACAGAAACAAUUGAAUCUACAUCUAUCAUAACUCCACCUUCAACAACCUCAACUGAUUCAACAUCGACUACCACAGAGUCAUCAACAACCACAACUGAUUUUACAUCAACCGCAACUGAUUGAACAACCACCACAUCUGAUUCUACAUAAACCACAACUUUACCUUUAACCGAUACAACUAAAUCUACAACUACCAUAACUACACCUGCAACAACCUUAACUGAUUCAACAUCUACCACAACUUUUUCAACAACAACCAUAACAAAUUCUACAUCAACCAUUACUUUACUUAUAAUAGAAACAACUAAUUCUACAACUACCAUAACUUCACCUGCAACAUCCUCAACUGAUUUAACUUCAACCGCAACUGAUUCAACAAUUUUUUCCUUUGGUUUAAGAACAACCACAACUGAUUCAACAACAACUACUACUUAUUCGCCAUCAACCACCGAAUCCUCUACAUCUUUUUUGGAGCAUACAAGAACAACAUCUGUAUCUAUAUCAUUUUCAUCCGAUUUUACAAGCAAAGUUCCUAAAAUCUAUCAACCAUAGCUAAAUUUGCAUUAACCACAUUUUAACCUACAACAUUUUUUUUGGGGCAUAAAGUAUAUUGAUAACAAAAGCUAUUUUGAAUGAUGCUUUAACAUCCGCAAAUGAGUAGACAAAAGUUACUACUAUGGCAACAGCCAACUUAAUCGAAGAGAUGACAAAAUAUGUUACAUCAAGCACAUAUGGUCUUUUAACAAAUGUUUUUCGGCGACAACAAUCAUAUAUACGACAACGACACUCUAAACUCCACAUACUACAACUUAGACAACAAUAAUUACACAAUCUAUAAAAUCGACAUUUUUGAAGAUUGAUAUAUUUUUUAAAACACAUUUGCUUUUUGUGAACUAAUUAUUUUAUAAUGAA